GCAUGCUUAAUACUAAACACUAUUAAUAUUCUAUCAAUUAAAAGAUGUCUUCUACUAAUAUUUUAACUCUGUUUUUCAUUAUUCUGACUCUGUGGAAUUCUGUUGUAAUUUGUAGCAGGUUAUUGGAAACAUCCUUGACAGAGAAACAUGAACUGUGGAUGAAAGAACAUGGUAAGUUUUACAAGGAUGUUGCUGAGAAGCAAAAACGUUUCGAAAUAUUCAAGGAGAAUGUUGAGUUCAUUGAAUCAUUCUAUGACAGUGCUUUCAACCUUAGCAUUAAUCAAUUUGCUGACCAAACAAAUGAAGAAUUUAAGGCUUCACUUAAUGGUAACAAGAAGCAACUUGGUGUUGGAAUAGCAACAGAAAAUGAAUUUAGGUAUGAAAAUGUAACUGAUGUUCCUGCUACAAUGGAUUGGAGACAAAGAGGAGCUGUCACUCCAAUCAAGGACCAACACAAAUGGGGACCAUGUGGUAGUUGUUGGGCAUUUACAGCGGUGGCUGCAACAGAAGGUAUUCACAAAAUAAAAACAGGAAAAUUGGUGUCACUCUCAGAGCAAGAACUAAUAGAUUGUGUUAAAGGUAAUAGCUAUGGAUGUAACGGCGGUUACACAGAAGAUGCUUAUGAGUUCAUUGCUAAAAAUGGAGGAAUAACAAGUGAAUCAAAAUACCCUUAUAAAGGUGUUGAAAAAAAAUGUAACAUGAAAAAAGGAGCAUACUCUGUUGCUAAGAUUAAGGGAUAUGAAAAAGUUCCUAAAAAUAAUGAAAAUGCAAUUUUAAAAGCAGUGGCAAACCAACCUAUAAUUGUUUAUAUUGAAGCGACACAACGUGCUUUCCAAUUUUACUCAAGUGGGAUUUUUACAGGAAAAUGUGGAACUGAUUUUGACCAUGCUGUUACAAUUAUUGGUUAUGGUAUUAGUGAUGAUGGUGUGAAGUAUUGGUUAGUGAAAAAUUCAUGGGGUACAAAAUGGGGUGAGAAAGGAUAUAUUAAGAUGAAACGAGAUAUACAUUCUAAGAAAGGUUUAUGUGGACUUGCUCUUAAUCCCACUUAUCCACUUGCUUAGCUACCUCAUUAAUGAGUAAACUUAUCUUAUACUAUACUUGAAUAAAUUCAUUGUCUUUGAACUUUCAACUUUUAGUUAUUGGCGGGUGAAUGUAAACUUUUAAUUUCAACUAUAUAAUGAAAUUAAGCUGUCAUA